CGACUGCAUUCACCCACCUAAAAGACUUUCCAAACGGGUUCCAGAUGAAAGUCUCAGAGCAGCCCAAGCGUGACUGAAAGAUUUCCUCUCCGCGAGUUUUAAAAAGACUUUCGUCUUGAAUGACACUUGUCAUCUGGUCACCAUGACACCUAUCAUCCGGACGAUAUGACACUUGUCAUCUGAAUGCCAUGAUAGCUCACUUCAAAGACUUUUUUCUCGGCCUGUUGAUUGGCCUAUCCUUGACAGUUUUCUUCAUUGGCAGUUUACUGGUGGAGAAUUUUCCUUUCUCGCAGCAAGUACGGUUUGGAGGAUCGCAGAUGGUUCCAUUAUAUGAUGACGUCAGAAUGGAGACUUUGACACCAGCCAAUGAAAAUACAGCAAAUUUUGGCGCCAAAACCUAUCAGCCAUAUAAUGACUUAGAAGACGACAUGAUAGCCCAAGAAUUGCGGCAAGCUGUCCGCGUGCUGGCAUGGGUCAAGACAGCUGCUGACAGCUUGGACAGCUUGGACAGCUUGGACAGCAGAGCCCUGGCCAUCAAGCAGACGUGGGGUAAAAGAUGUGACGUCAUGAUAUAUUUCAGCACCGUGGAGGACCUUGAGUUCCCAGCUGUUAAACUUGGAGCGCCAGGGGGCGCGGAGGUUGGAACAACAAUGGCGGCCUUUCAGUAUGUUCAUGAACAUCAUUUGAACCAGGCGGACUGGUUCAUGAAGGCUGACGACAGCACGUACGUUGUCAUGGAGAAUCUUCGCUUCUUUUUGGCAGACAAGAACAAGUCAGAGGCAGUUUACUUCGGACAUUUGUUUUCGCGGCGUGUAGAGCAGGGUUAUUACAGCAGUGGCGGUGGCUAUGUCAUUAGUCAGGAGGCUUUGCGCAGGUUUGGUCAAAACGGCUUCAACUCGACCAUCUGUAGCGAAGAUGGGGAUGGUGAGAAGGAUGGGGACGUGCAGUUUGGACUCUGCAUGGAGAGGCUGAAGGUCAAAACCUCAAGGUCGUUGGAUGAGAUGGGGAGGAGUGUGUUUCACCCCCUGCACCCCCGGCUUCACGUCCUGAACAGGUUGCCUGCGUGGAUGUUUCGGGAGUCACCAGGCACAGCUCGGCAGGGAUUUGGGGUGAGCAAAUACGCCGCGACCUUCCAUGACCUUUCACCUGACGAAAUGCGAAUGAUGGACUUCUACAUGUACCACAUGAGGCCUUAUGGGAUACAUUCUAUUUUGAGAAACAACAGUUCAACCAAUGGCCAAUGGCCAACAUUUCCCUGAGAGAAACAACAGUCCAACCAAUGGCCAACAUUUCCCUGAGAGAAACAACAGUCCAACCAAUGGCCAACAUUUCUCUGAGAGAAACAACAGUCCAACCAAUGGCCAACAUUUCUCUGAGAGAAACAACAGUCCAACCAAUGGCCAAUGGCCAAUAUUUCCCUGAGAGAAACAACAGUCCAACCAAUGGCCAAUGGCCAACAUUUCUCUGAGAGAAACAACAGUCCAACCAAUGGCCAAUGGCCAACAUUUCCCUGAGAGAAACAACAGUCCAACCAAUGGCCAAUGGCCAACAUUUCUCUGAGAGAAUCAACAGUCCAACCAAUGGCCAAUGGCCAACAUUUCUCUGAGAGAAACAACAGUCAAACCAAAUAGAAAACUCUGAACUUAACAUCAAAAUAAAUUCACUAAACAUGAUCUCGCCUAUGAAUCCUUCCCUUGUGUUUCAUGCCCUAACCUUGCCACUGGGAACAAUCAUGGUAAAGCUCACAUGCUCAUGUGAAUCUAGCCAGACAAUACACCGUGGAAAAGCCAGACAUUCACAAUACACCGUGGAAAAGCCAGACAUUCACAAUACACCGUGGAAAAGCCAGACAUUCACAAUAUACAGUGGAAAGGCCAGACAUUCACAAUACACAGUGGAAAGGCCAGACAUUCACAAUACACAGAGGAAAGCCCAGACAUUCACAAUACACAGUGGAAAGGCCAGACAUUCACAAUACACAGUGGAAAGGCCAGACAUUCACAAUACACAGAGGAAAGCCCAGACAUUCACAAUACACA